GAGUUGCUCAAGAAAAGAGAGUGAAUUUUUAUUUUCAUGAAUAAAUUGUCGUAUGUUAAUUAUUGUUUCCAUAAAAAUGGUUCAUCAAAAGUAUGUAAUUACUUGGAUAAUUUCAAUAAUUUUUAUUUUCUAUCAAAUAAAUGUUGUAAAAUGUUUGUGGAAGCGUGAAGAAGACAAGACUAAGUGUCCAAAAGUCAAAGAGAUGAAAAAUUUCGAUAUUUCAGGAUUUAUGGGAUCGUGGUACAUAGUUCAAUAUUAUGCAAGUUCUGAGGAAGCACUGGCAUAUAAAUGCAUGCGUGCUGAUUUUUCAUUAUCACCUGACAAAACUGAAGUAACUAUGAAUUUCACUUAUAGCUUCAUUGAUGAUCCUAUAAAUGAAAUAAUUAUUGGAAAUAUUACUUGGAAAAUACCUUAUCAUCAUGAGUCAUUAGCUCAUUGGAUUCACGCAGAAUUUCCCUACGAGGAAGUUUAUAAUACAUACGUCCUAGAUUCAGAUUAUAAAUCAUGGGCUCUACUUUUACAUUGUGCAGAGAAGAAUAAAAGUCCUCGUUAUCUCUCUAGUUUUAUUAUGAGUCGAAAAAAAAAUUUAGGAGUUAAUGUUGUAUCUUACUUACGAGAUAAACUUCCAAGAUACAAUAUAAAUGUUGAAUAUGUUUUUCCUAUGGAACAAAAAAAUUGCAAAAUAUUCGAUGGAGAUGCAUUAAUGAUACCACCAGUAGUAGCAGCCAAAAGAGCAUACUUAAAAAGACAUCCACUUUAAAUGAAUUGACAUUAUAAGUAUAUAAUAUUAAGUAAUAAAAGAAAAAAAAUUAAAAACAGAGUAAAACAAGCAAA